AUGUCUCAAGUUAAACACUACCAGCCAACAGAGUCAACAGCAGCAACACAUUUAAAUCAAAUAUUGGCAGCCGAGGUACGCCUUAAUCGUCUUCAUCGCCUAUUUAAAACGCAGUUCAAUGUUACUGAACCAUCAAUAAUAAUUGAACCGUAUCUAUUUCUUGGUAAUUGUAUUUCAGCACAUGAUACGCAUCGCCUAUCAAAAUUAGGUAUUCGAUAUAUACUUAAUGUAGCUAUACGUGAUGUUGAACUUUGUCCGUACUAUUCCAGUGAUAUUCGUACGCUUCCAAUUGAUCUUCGUGAUGACGAUCAAGAAGAUAUCAUACGAAUAUUUAACCAAGCUUUUACAUUUAUUGAUGAAGCGAAACGGAAUAAGUCUCGUGUACUUGUUCAUUGUAGUCAUGGGCAAAGUCGUUCACCAGCUAUUGUUAUUGCUUAUCUCAUGCAUACAUACAAUGUCUCACUCGAACAAUGUAUCGUUCAUGUUGUUAAAGCUCGUCCAUGUGUUUUACCUAAUGAUGGAUUUCUAAAACAAUUGAUACUUUUUGAUCGUUUUCUUGUCGAAAAACAGCGACAACGACAAGAAGCCGCUGCGAAAGAAGCAGCUGCGAAAGAAGCUGUCAAUACUACAUCAGUCACUGAAAUUACAAUUCAACAUAAACCGUCAGUCACACCACAACCAGAAGUUCCUACAAAAUAUCUUGCUAGUGAAAUAUCUACGGAUAAAAAUACAUCACCAGUUGCUUCAUCAACUUUAAAAGAGAUAUCAAAAUCAAAGAUAAAAUCAUCCAAAAGUUCUGAUUCAGUACAUUUCAUUCCAAUUCAAGUUCCAAUAAAAGUAUCUCGUCCAGAAAAGGUUAAACAAGUUAAAAUUAGAAAAAUCCCGGUUAAAGAUGAAUCUACUUCACAAGAAAUGAAAAAAAAGACUAAAAACCGACACGAAAAGUCUGAUUUCAAAAUAGCAUCUACCGUAUCAUCUGUUGACGUAACAUCAUCGAACCAUGUAGCACCAUCGAAAAAACGUCCAAAUGCGUAUAUCACAAGUAUUGUUAGGCCGGAAACUUCUCCAACAUAUCGAUCGCAUUCAACUCAUUCGGAUCAUAUAAACACGAAUAAUUACGAUUAUUAUCCACCUUCCACUACGACUGAACAAUGGAAUGAUUAUACUUCCUGUUAUAGAAAUGGUCGUCGGUCGCGAGAACCAGAACAAGCAACAUAUAUCACAGAAGUCUAUGAUAAAGCAACAAAUCGUUUCAUACCGACAACAUGUUGA